ACUCAAGUAUCAUUUUACCGCUCUGUUGCAAUGGCAGGUUGAUGGUUUAAUCAUACUGACAAGUUAUUUCAACAUAUGGCCAUAUUCUGUUCAUUAUGUUCUGGAUUACAUUCUCUUUUAACAUGAUCGUUUUCCCUCAAUAUCAAGUCAUAUAUGCUCAGUUUCUACUACAAAAUUUAGACUACAUUACUUUGAUUGAUAUAGUACUGAUAAGUGAUAAGAUUGUACAUCAUCCAAUAUUUUUAUUACUUCAACGAAACUAUAUAAUUCUUUUAUAAAACCUUAUCCUAAAGUCUACAGAUAAUGCAAUAAUAUGAUUCAGUCUUCAGACUCUUUACCGAAGGAUUUUGGUGUUUGUACAGAGCACUCUGCAGUGAAGUUUGCUUGGGGUAUGAAGUUUUGAAAAUCAUACUCGUAGUAUGGGUAGCUGUGUUGUCAGCGGUAUUAAUACUUAGCUACUGAAACAAAAGAAACUCUCCUUCUAGUGCCGAACAGCUUGAAAAGGAUGCAAAAGCUGAGGAAGCAUGGGUCCAUUUUUUUGCUAUUGACUUGUGAAUGUAAGAGGAGGACUAACUAUGUUGCAGAUAUGCCGGCAUCACUGAAAUCUUGAAAUUCCAAGUUUGACAAUAAUGAGUGUGCAUGCAAUGCUAGCCUGGACUGUAGAGAGGUGUCUCUACAAAUGGAGGGUUAAAGAUUAGGAGUAUGAAUGAAUGGCCAAGAAGGAUUUUUGGUUAUAUAUAGGUGGAGAAGAGAGAGAAUUCAAUAGGCAAAGAGCAGGUUUUCAUUUUAUGAUGGGCAACUGCAUCCAAAGGGCUCAAGAUACAGACAUUGCUGCUGUUCCAGCUGUUACCGCACAGCCAACUUUCCCUCGGUCCGAAAAUUCUGAAUGUACUAGUCAUCCUUUGCCUAUUCCAUCUAAACCUUUAGUGGCAUCCAACGAUAAUGAUAAAACUCGAGUUUUGCCUAUUUCAAGGCCUGAAAGUGAAAUAUUAUCUUUCCCACAUCUGAAAUCCUUUACAUAUGCUGAACUUAGCACUGCCACUAGAAAUUUUCGAAGUGAUUGUCUUCUUGGAGAAGGCGGUUUUGGUGAUGUUUACAAGGGGUGGUUAGAUGAGGAAACUUUUGCUGCUGCCAAGCCUGGAACAGGGAUGGUGGUUGCUGUAAAGAAGCUUAAGCCUGAAGGGUUCCAAGGUCAUAAAGAGUGGUUGAGUGAGAUAAAUUAUCUUGGCCAGCUUGAUCAUGAAAAUUUGGUCAAGCUUAUUGGCUUUUGCUUGGACGGUGAUAAUCGAUUACUGGUGUAUGAGUUCAUGUCUAAAGGAUCCUUAGAGAACCAUCUAUUUUCGAGAAGUGGACGACCUCUCUCAUGGGAUAUAAGAAUUAAAGUUGCUAUUGAUAGUGCCCGAGGUCUUUCUUUCCUGCAUGAAUCUGACCCUCAGAUUAUCUUCCGUGAUUUUAAGGCUUCCAAUGUUUUGUUGGAUUCGGAAUUCAAUGCAAAGCUUUCAGAUUUUGGGUUGGUGAAAGCUGGUCCAACAGGUGAUAUGACUCAUGUAACCACUCGAGUCUUUGGUACCGAAGGUUAUGCAGCCCCGGAAUAUUGUGCCACAGGUCGGCUCACUACCAAGUGCGACGUCUAUAGUUUUGGAAUAGUGUUGCUGGAACUUUUAACAGGACGUUUUGCAGUUGAUAGAAGUAGAGCUCGUCCAGAACAGAAACUGUUAGAUUGGGUAAAGCCACAGCUACCUGACAAGCGUAAGCUAUUUCGAAUAAUGGACUCAAAAUUAGAGGGACAGUACAGCCGGAAGGGAGCUUAUGUGGCUGCAAAUCUUGCAUUACAAUGUGCUCAUAUUGAACCCAAAUAUCGCCCAAGAAUGUCAGAAGUGGUAAAUAUUCUGGAUAAGAUCCCUUCUUUGAAACGUUCUCAUUCACGAGCAUCUUCUGAUGGAGACAAUGAUGUGGGGGACCCCAUGUCCCUACCUGAUCCCGCUGUAUGGAAACACUCUCAUGUAAGAUCUUGUAAACAAUCAAAAGUUUCUCCUGCUCCAAGCCACCAAACGGAGAAACUGUCAAAAGAAGCUAUAUCAGCAGCUCGUACGAUGUCAUCCAGAUCAGAAGGGUCGGCGCCAUCUACUUGGCAAAGCAGUCGUGGAUUUGCCACACGAAGAUGAAUAAAAAUUUGUUGAUGAUACAUUUUUAGUUUUAUAAUGUAGAUUUAUACCUCUUCUCAAGUAGUACUUGAUUAUUUGAACUCAUUAUCCAUGGGGCUUUUGGGGAUUGUAAGAAGGUGAAGAGUUGAUCUGCAAGUAAUAGCAGCUAUUCUUACUGCUAUAAUUACGCCAUUUUUUUCCUGUGUGAGACAAUUAUAUAUAAUUAUUGAAACCGAUAACAUUAUAUCUGAAA